AUGAAGAAUCAGCUGAACAGUAUAGGAUUGUUUCAUUCUGUGGAAGCAAUUUAUACAGGUGGAGCAAUCCAGUGGAGUUUGGAUGGGAAAACAUUGUUUUCGGCUUGUGGUAGCUAUAUCAGGGCGUCGAAUAUUGAUGAUGGAAGAGAGAGUUAUAAGGUUGGGAACGAAGAGAAUCAAUUAAGAAUAUCAACUUUCUUGUUGAACGAGGAUUGUAAUUCCAUCGUAGUGGCUUAUACGAAUGGUCUUUUACAAAGCUAUCGAUUACCAUUACUAGAAAAUGGUUCUAAAGUAGUAGAUCCUGAAAUAGUUCGUCAAUGGAAGUCAACGCAUGCAGCGCCAGUUUUAAUCAUGAAAUUUUCCAGAAGUGACACAUUACUUGCUACUGGAUCAGCGGAUUUUCUUGUGAAGAUUUGGAAUCUCGAGGAGCGGAGUUGUGUUGGCUCAUUAAAAGGUACAAGCGGUGUAAGUGCUGUCGAAUUUCUUCAUAAAUCCCGUGUAAUAGUUGGCUAUACUGAUGGCAGCUCAUCAUUAUUUUGUUUAGAAAGCCCAAAGAAACUAAUUUUUCGAUGGACUAAUCACACAAGCCAGAUUGUAAGCAUAGUUAUUCGGCAACUUCCGGAAGUUGUUUUUGUGAGUCGUGAUCAGACUUUGUCAGUCGUUAACGUGGAUAGCUAUGAAAAAAUAAAAGUACUUCCGUUAUAUGAACCAAUCGAAGCAGCAGUUUUUGUGUCUGGAUCGUUGUUCACAGUAGGAGAGGAAGGUGUUUUGAAGUGUUGGAAUAUGGAAAAUGCAAAAUUAUUAAAAUCUGCAAGUAUAUAUAGGUCUCGCAUUAAUUCUAUUAUUUACAACCAAGUUUGUAAUAAAUUCCUGUUGGCUACCUCAGAUUUCAACGUUUUCUGGGUUGAUAAAGAAACUUUCAAAAUUGUGCGGCAGUUUGCUGGUUUUAAUGAUGAAAUUUUUGAUGUUUGUUUUUUCGGACCAAAACUGGACUAUUUGAUUGCAGCUACAAACAGUUCUGAAUUGCGUUUGUAUAAUACAAAUACUUGGUCUUGUCAUCUUAUUACUGGUCAUACUGACAGUGUGCUGUCACUCUCAACUGCGCCAUGGGAUCCAAAGCUUUUUGCAAGUUCUUCCAAAGACAAUACUUUUAUUCUUUGGCAUGUAGACUUGGACGACGAUGAAGAAAUUAAGGCGAAAAAGAUAGGCUUAGCUACUGGACAUACUAAUAAUGUCACGCGUGUUCGAUAUUCCAACAGUUCCAAGCAUCGUUUCAUUGUUUCAGUAUCGAAUGAUUCUACUAUCAAAUUAUGGCCAUUAAAAAAUCUCAAGCAAAAAACUGAAGACUUGAAGUUGCAGUCGUCAGCAACAUUAGUAGCACACGCAAAGGACAUAACUUGCUUAGAUAUUAGUUUGAAUGAUCGUCUGUGUGUUACCGGUUCUAUGGACAAAACAGCGAAAUUGUGGCACAUUGAAACUGAUAAAAUGCAUUUUACCAUAGGUGGCAUGCUGAAUGGUCAUCGCCGUGGAGUUUGGGAUGCUCGUUUCUCGCCGAGCACUCAGGCUGUGAUAACAUGUAGUGGUGAUUGCAUGAUCAGGAUAUUUUCGCUGCCAAGUCGAGAUUGCAUUGCCACAUUAGCUGGACAUGCGUCUGCAGUAUUGAAUGGAGUCAUAAUAAAUAAUGGAAAGCAAAUAAUAUCUGCGGAUAGUGGUGGUUUACUUAAAAUAUGGGAUAUUGCGGCCAAUGAAUGCAUCACAACAGUGGAAGCUCAUGAUGAGAAAAUAUGGACUUUGCAAGUAGCUAAUGAUGAAAGCCGACUUGUUACGGCAAGUAGUGAUGGGCGAAUAAGAAUUUGGGAAGAUAUUUCUGAAAAAAAACGCGAAGAGGAAGAACAUAGUCGAGCAGAAAAAGCACACAAUGAGCAAAUUCUGGCAAAUCUUAUGCAACAGAAUCAUUACGACGAGGCUUUAGCGUUUUCACUGACACUGGCUAGACCGUACAGUUGCUUGAAAAUAGUGCAAGGAAUGAUGGAGCUAAAAUUAGAUGAAUUGCAUAAUGCGAUCAAAAAAUUGCGAGGAGAAGAGUUAGUGAUACUGUUGGACUUUGCCGCCCAGUGGAAUACAAACAGUCGAACAGCAGAUGUUGCUCAAUUAGUGCUCUAUUGCAUUUUGCAUUCGUUCUCUCCCGAGGAAUUAUUAAAAAUGCCUAACUUUGCUUCAGUGAUAGAAGCAUUCAUUCCAUAUACAGUCAGGCACUUUGAUCGGUUAACAAGAGCUCGACAAAAUGCCGCAUUUCUGAACUACACUCUAGCGCAAAUGACGCUUUCGAAUUUGUAA